AUGACGCAACCCAAAACUCUCCAUUUGACUGCAUUCAUGCGGCCGGUGAGCUUGCACAGCGGCGCCUGGCGUUAUCCCGGUGCCUUGCCCGACGCUAAUUUCAACCUCGCGCAUCUCAAAUCCUUCAUUCGAAAGCUGGAAGACGCCAAAUUUGAUGCCUUCUUCAUGGCCGAUCAUCUGGCCGUCCUAAACAUGCCGAUCGAGGCCCUGAGACGCAGUCAUACCGUCACCUCCUUUGAGCCGUUCACUCUGCUCUCGGCGUUGUCGGUGGUGACCGACAGGAUCGGACUGGCAGCGACCGCUUCGACUACGUACGACGAGCCCUUCCACAUUGCCCGGCGCUUUGCCUCCCUUGACCAUCUCAGUAACGGCCGGGCCGCCUGGAAUAUCGUGACCACCGGCAACCCCGAGUCGGCCAAGAACUUCGGGCUGGACGAACACGUCGAGCACGCAGAUCGCUACAAGCGGGCGCGAGAAUUCUACGAUGUGGUGACUGGACUGUGGGAUAGCUUCGCUGACGAUGCGUUCAUCCGGGACCAGGCGACCGGUAUAUACUUUGACCCCGAGAAACUGCACGUCUUGAACCAUAAGGGGGACGAGCUCAAGGUUCGCGGGCCUUUGAACAUUGCCCGACCCGUUCAAGGCUGGCCAGUGAUUGUGCAGGCCGGACAAUCCGAGCCCGGACGACAGCUGGCUGCCGAAACGGCCGAGGCGGUGUUUUGCUCCCCUCGCGAUUUGGACGCAGCCCAGGCAUUGUACGCCGACAUCAAGGGGCGUGCCCAAGCGGCCGGUCGUGAUCCCAACCAUCUGAAGAUCUUGCCCGCGGCCUUUGUAGUAGUAGGGGACACGGUUGAAGAGGCCAAGGCCAAGCGACUUGAGGUCGACAGCUUGGUGCACUACGAUAGCACCGUUGCGUCCCUGUCGGUGGCCCUGGGAACCGAUGCGUCGGUCUUCGACCCAGACGGGCCUUUACCGUCCGACCUGCCCGAGACAAAUGCCAGCAAAACAAGCCGCGCGGCCGUGCUACAGCUGGCGCGAGAGGAAGGACUGACCGUUCGACAACUCGCCCAGCGAUACGGCGGUUACUCCGGACUGGCCUUUGUUGGCACCCCCAAGACCAUCGCCGAUGAGUGGGAGACCUGGUUAGCUACCGAGGCUGCUGACGGGUUUACCGUCACAUUUCCCUUCUUGCCGCAAGGUCUCGACGAUGUCACCCAGCGACUGAUUCCCGAGUUGCAACGCCGUGGCCUCUUCCGUCGCGACUACGAAGGCACGACGUUGCGCGAGCAUCUCGGACUUCCGCGUCCAACGAACCGGUAUUUCGAGUAG